AUGGAGCAACAGCAGGAAGCAGAUUACACCAUUCCGCUGACUACGGGAGACACCACCACAACAGAGGAGCAACAGAGCUUGAUGCUGUUCGAUACGCUGAUCGAUCUGUGCCGCAACAACAUCAGCUUCUUCGAGUGUGAUGAAACGGAAACCGGUUUACGGCUGCAUGGCGCUUUCGUUGGAUUAAUCGAUCACAUCGAGAUGGCAAAACCACUCGUCCGAACGGUGCAGAGCUUCAUGAACGAGUAUGAUUUCGAUCCAACCGUGCCGGGCAAUGGGUUCCGCAGCUUCCUGUCCGUCGUCGAGUGUUGCGUGAAGACGUCCCUCAAACUGGCACGUUAUGUGAUGGAAAAUCGUAGCACGAUCCUGUUCCGGAAGGCACUGUACGUGAAGGAGGUCGAAGCGUACAACCAUCUGAUGGCAAGUCUCUGCACCUGUCUGCAGCACGCGCAAACCCUGCGCGAAUGGACCCGCGAAUCGGGCGAUCUGUUCCCGGACGAAUCGCGCUCGGUGGAGGAACUGUUUGCCCACGGUGGCAUCAUCAAUCAGUACUGCUUCUACGGGCGCUGUCUUGGGUUUCAGUUUUGCGAUUCGAUUAAACCGCUGCUGAAGUUCAUAUCGAUCGGAAUGGCUGGAUUUUCCGAGGGUUACUACUCGGAGGGUGGUCGAAUAUCGAAAGCCACCAGCUUGAUGUACACGAGCACCAAGUACAUGCUCGAUCCGGAACUGCGCGCUCGGAGAAUCGUGAACAUUUCCCAAAACUCAAACGUUGACUUCUGCAAGGCGUUUUGGUUUUUGGCCGAAUCGGAGAUGAUGCACUCGCUGCCAUCGUUCGUGGGCUUUAAGGUGAAGGUAAACCGGGUAAUAACGAUCCCACCGGAACCGAUACAGCUGAAACUGAGCACCGGUGGAACGGAGCAACGGAACGGAUCACCUUCGAGUGCAAAGGAGGACAUCUUUGUGGACAUCCCCAUACCGAAAAGUCACGGCGGGGCGGCACCGAUCAAGGCACGCCUUAUAUCGGCCGUCAAGCGGAAGGGCAUGAUCGGCGAGCGAAGCAACUCACAGCGCAGCACCAUCUACCCGGCAUCCCGUGGGCUACUGUUCCACUGUCACGGUGGUGGCUUCGUGGCACAGAGCUCCAAAUCUCACGAAUCGUACCUGCGCGAAUGGGCCGUCACACUGAACGUGCCCAUCCUGUCGAUCGAUUACAGUCUAGCACCGGAGGCUCCGUUCCCGCGCGCACUGGAGGAAGUGUUUUACGCGUACUGUUGGGCAUUGCGUAACUGCGAGCUACUGGGCACGACCGGUGAACGGAUUAUUCUGGCCGGAGAUUCAGCCGGCGCCAACCUCAAUUUGGGCUGUGCGAUGAAAGCGAUCGAGCUUGGCAUUCGGCGUCCGGAUGGGAUCUUUAUCGCGUACUGUCCGGUACUGAUCAGCUUCGUACCGAGCCCGGCACGGAUGCUUUGCCUGAUGGAUCCGUUGCUUCCGUUCGGGUUCAUGAUGCGCUGUCUGAAAGCAUACGCCUGUCCGAGCUUGGAAGUGUUGGAAGAAAAUCGGAAACGUCACGAACAGCGGCAAGCGAUCAUAAAUGCUGGACAGCAGAUGCGCAACAACAAUGUGCCUGUGAUGGUGCCAACCGGUAGCGAGAGGAAGGACGAACAGGAUAAAACACCAGACCGGUCCGAUUCCGGAGAUGAUAAUUCGAUGUGGGAACAGCUAAACAGUGCCAACAUUGUACAGCUUCAGAAUCAACAUCUUAGCCCCGUAAGCGAUACGGCUAGCGAUACGCUGGCGCUGAAAAGUCAAUCCCUCGGAAAUACUAUCGACAUCAUCAGUCCUGACGAGAGCAACACCAUCACAUCGCUGGAGGAAGACUCGCAGCCCAUCACAUUGCAGCAGGUCAAUUUGAACACGGAACGGAGCAAUGUGACCGUGGUGGAUGAUUUAGACAUGGAUAUGCCGAGCGACAUUAGCUCGGAGCAAAACACAAACCAGAACGUGUCGAACUUCAUCAAUAGCUACGUCCUCGACACGACCACCAAUGCCGCCGGAGAGCUGGAACCGAUCCUGCGUCCGGUGUCUCGUUCGCAGUCGGAAGAAAACAUCGUGCUGGAUAUUGGUAGGGAAGCGAUUAGCGUACAGAAUCUACAGGAACGUGUGACCACGGCAGCUAGUAACUUUGUGAGCAAGGUGUCAAACACGUUGACUAGCAUAACAGCCUCGAAGCCAAUCGCUGCCAGUGGCUCACAGAACGAGCUGCAGUCGAAUCUAGAUUCGUUGAUCGCUCGCAGCCCGUCCGAUGAGUUUAUCUUUCACGUUCCGAAAGAUUCCCACCUUUCGCCGUACUGGGCUACCGAUGAAGUUUUGAGUCAAUUUCCACCAACAAAGAUUUUAACCGUCGUUCUGGAUCCCUGUCUAGAUGACUGUGUGAUGUUUGCCAAAAGACUGAAGAGCUUAAACCGAUCCGUUUCGCUUGAUAUUCUACCCGGGUUGCCACAUGGCUUCUUGAAUUUCGCCACUAUCUCCAAAGAGGCACACGAAGGUUCGAAGCAGUGCGUGCAACGCAUUGCCGAGCUGCUGGAAAUUCCGACCACGCUAGACGAUCCGGGCACCAAGCAGGGUUGCUGUUAG